UGAAGACCCCUCCAGAGAGAAAAUAAACUAGCUGAGACCCUCCUUCACCUGUGGACUGUUGCUCCUGCUGCUUCUUAUGACUGAGUGAACCCCCGCCCCAGUUUACUACUGGGGAGGAUGUGAAGGCCCUCAGGAUAUGUGGGCCUAGGGUCAGGGGACAGUGCGAGCCUGGAUCUAGUAAAUGACAAAGUCAGGGGUCAGACUAUCUAAAUAUAAGUUCAUGGACAGGCUCUUCCACACUAGCCACCCACCCUCUUUUCUGGGGUGCCCUGACGACCCGGCCUGCUGUCCCUACGGCCCAAACGGGGAGAUUGAGGCCCAGAGAGGGAGGGUCGCCGCCCCAAAUCAGGGUCUGACAUCCCACCUUCUUCUUCCUCUCAGCAUCUGCCAGAGUUCUCCCUCUCAAGCACCAACCUUCCUUCUCUCCCAAUCUAUUCUAAUACGCCCCCUCCCCCAAGAGCAGCUGAGGCUCCGCCCCAGAUCUCGCUAAUGAGACACCGCGAGGCCCCGCCUCAAGGGUUAUGCAAAUGAUGCUUCCAGAGGCCCCGCCCCUCUCUCCUCCGCGGAGUCUGCGCGGCGCAGCCCGGCCGGCGGUCGGCGUAUUCAUCUCUGCGUUAGCCCGCUGGCCAGCCGUCUGUCUGUCUGUCCCGCCGCGCCGGGGCCGUCUAGGCGGAGCUGGGCUUAGGCGGCGGCAGACUCGACCCGAGCAAACCAUGUGGUUGGGGCACUGGACCCAGAGUGCCUACCUUUGCCUGCCUGGGCCUCAGUUUUUGCAUCUGUGUAAUGGGCGUGACCAUCCCUGCACUUCUGGUGGCCAGGAGCGGCUUUGAAUCUGUGGGUGUGGCAGCGGCCUGGGGGAAGCCAUAGGGUCCUUUCACAGGUGAGGCUUGGCCUUCACCAUGGCGGGAGGGAGACCUCAGCUGAAGAGGAGUUUUUCCAUCAUUCCCUGCUUUGUCUUCGUGGAGUCUGUGCUGCUGGGCAUCGUGGUCCUGCUUGCUUACCGCCUGGAGUUCACAGACACCUUCCCCGUGCAUACCCAGGGCUUCUUCUGCUAUGACAGUACCUAUGCCAAGCCCUAUCCAGGGCCUGAGGCCACCAGCAGAGCACCUCCGGCACUCAUCUAUGCCCUGGUCACUGCUGGGCCCACCCUCACGAUCCUGCUGGGGGAGCUGGCACGUGCCUUUUUCCCUGCACCACCUUCAGCCAUCCCCAUCACUGGGGAGAGCACCAUCGUGUCUGGGGCCUGCUGCCGCUUCAGCCCCCCACUGCGGAGGCUGGUCCGCUUCCUGGGGGUCUACUCUUUCGGCCUCUUCACUACGACCAUCUUCGCCAAUGCGGGGCAGGUGGUGACUGGCAAUCCGACGCCACACUUCUUGUCCGUGUGCCGCCCCAACUACACGGCCCUGGGCUGCCCGCCACCCUCACCGGACCGGCCAGGGCCCGACCGUUUCGUCACCGACCAGGGUGCCUGCGCUGGCAGCCCCAGCCUGGUGGCCGCUGCACGACGCGCCUUCCCCUGCAAGGACGCUGCCCUUUGCGCUUAUGCCGUCACCUACACAGCGAUGUACGUGACGCUGGUGUUCCGCGUGAAGGGCUCCCGCCUGGUCAAACCCUCACUCUGCCUGGCCCUGCUGUGCCCCGCCUUCCUAGUGGGCGUGGUCCGCGUGGCAGAAUACCGCAACCAUUGGUCGGAUGUGCUGGCCGGCUUCCUGACUGGGGCGGCAAUCGCCACGUUUCUGGUCACCUGUGUCGUGCACAACUUCCAGAGCCGGCCACCCUCUGGCCGAAGGCUCUCUCCUUGGGAGGACCUGGGCCAAGCCCCCACCAUGGACAGCCCCCUCGAAAAGUUAAGUGUGGCCCAGGAACCCGAGGCCUGCAGGCCGCAUUCGACACCGGCACGGCUCACCCCAUCCAAGCCGCAGAACUGCGCCCGCCGUGGCCACCUGAUCCCCAGCUGUGUGUCCUCCAGGGCUCCAGCCAUGUGUUCGUCGCCCCGUGUGCCCCGCCCUCGACUGAGGUCUGAGCCGACGCCCCUGCCUCUGCCCCUGCCCCUGCCAGCGCCAACCCCCAGCCAGGGCCCCUCGCCCUCCUCCCCUGGGCCUGGGGGCCCUGGUGGGGGUGGUGGCCGUGGCCGGAAGCUGCUGCUGCCCACGCCCCUGCUGAGGGACCUGUACACCCUUAGCGGACUCUACCCCUCCCCCUUCCACCGGGACAACUUCAGCCCUUACCUCUUUGCAAGCCGUGACCACCUGCUGUGAGGCCCAACACCCACCCAGAAUCUGCCCAGUCCCCAUUUCUUCCCUGCCACGCGUGUGUGUGCGUGUGCUGUGAGUGCCAAAGCCCCUGUCCCCAAACCAGCCAGGCCUAGACAUCAGAGGAUGGCUGGAAGGACACCUGGGCAACCCCCCUCCCUGCCUCUCUUGCCCUCUGGGACAUCCAAGUGUGCAUAAUUGGGAAGUGGGGCCUUGCCUCGUUGGAUCACCCUUUUAAGGGUCAAAGCCUGACCCCACUACUGGUCAUUGCCCAGGCAAUGGGAGCCCCCACAGUUCUCAGAAUUCUAGCCAAAAGGAGUUUACUCCAGCCAAUAUGAGCCUCCCUAUCACUUCUUAGAAGCCUCAGGCAAGAGGGCAACUCUAGUUAGUGUUCAGAGUCUGAAAAACCAAUAGGAGUCCUUGGUUCUCAGAAUUUCUAGGGUGGGUGGGUAUGAUUCCAGUCAAUGGGGAACCGCCCAUAUCUAAGCAGGUGCAAAGCAGAGGAGGGAGAUGGGGUCAUCUUUUGUCACUGAGUCCUCUCUCCUCAGAAUCAGAGGGUCCAGCUGGAGGGUGGGGGGCAGGUUCCCCCAUGGCAGGGUCCUUGGGGUACCCCUUCCUCUCUCAGCCCCUCCCCCAAGUGCAAUCUCUCACCCAGCCCAUCCUAACUCCCUACUUAUGCAGGGCUUGCCCCAGUUCAGAAGUUUUGGGGUUCAGGGUGCUGUGUCCCCUCUUGCCUGUGUCCAGGUCACCCCAAACCCUUCUAUUAUUUAUUAGGGCUGUUGGAGAGGAGUUUUUUUUUUUCCUUAGAACCCAAGCCCUGUUCUUUGCACUGCCCCCCAUGCCUCAGACUUAUACAGAUGUGCCAUCAUAGGGGCAUGGGUGAAGCAGAGAGGGCUCCCCACUCCAGGCAGCCAAAGGCAGUGAGCAGGGGAAACACUGCCCCCCCUUUCCUGCCCCCUCCUCAUCUUUAAUAAAAACCUGUUUGUAACAGAA